AUCACGACCCCUUCAUUAUUGUGGGUCAUAUCCGGGCUGUUGCUGUCAUGGAGGACGAAGACUUCGGCGAGGAUGUGCUGGUGACGACGCGCACGGACGUUGUCAGCGUUAAGGAGGAGGCCAAGACUGAGGAAUCUCGAGCCACGUGGGAGGCCAGCGAGGGGUCUGUCGUUAAAACCGAGAAGAAGGAAGAGGAUGAAGACGAAGACGAGGAGCUCUACGGCGGUGUCUCCAUCAAGCUCAACGCAUCGGCCACGUCGCAGGCUGAAGCGGCGGCGGCCUCUGCUGCUGCUGCCAACAGUUCAGCUGACUCUAAGCCCAGUGACGACCCGGCGGCGGACUCGGAUGACGACGAGGAUGAUGAAGACGUGGCCAUCGUGUUGAGUACAGACCACGGCAGCAAACCUACACUGCGCUUCACAGGUGGCGGCAAUCGCUAUGUACGUGGCACCUUCGGAGGCCCGCAACAUGGCAGUACAGGAGCUCCAGGCGCUGGAUCCAUGACGGGCUCUCAACCUGGAGAUUUGGGCGGAUCCGCGGUGGACGGAGUGGACGACAUGGCCAUGUUCGGAGGACGACGCACAGCAUUCGAUGUGGAUAUCGACCUGCUAGAGGACAGACCCUGGCGCAAACCCGGUGUUGAUAUCUCAGACUAUUUCAAUUACGGGUUUGAUGAGCAUAGCUGGAGAGAAUACGCUGCCCGGCAACUGAGAUUAAGACGCGAAUUGGCUGUGGAAAAGUCAAGAGAGCAGGCGUCCAGACAGGCGGUGAAUGCAGCCAACCAGCAAGCGAUGCGAGACCGUGAUGCUAAGAUGCAAGGACGUGGAGGAGGCGGGAUGCCUCCGCGUGGAUUCCCUGGACAGAUGAAGCAGGAAGGUGGAGACGAGCGGCCUGGAGAGUGGGGUGCUGGUGGAAAUGGCAUGCCUCCGAUGAACGGUGCACCGCCUCGAGGUGGUGGCUUUAUGGGAGGCCCUCCUCCACGAGGCUGGCACCCUGGAAUGGGUCCGCCGCCGGGCUUCAUGGGUCAGCAGAACUGGAAUGGUCCUCCUAUGGGAGGCGCGCCGUGGGGCUCUGGACCUGGAAGAGGCCCGCCUUGGAUGGGUGGCAGAGGCCGCGGUGGUGGCCGUGGAGGCUUUGAUGAUCGCGGUCGCAGCGGCAAGGAUGACCGCGAUGAUAGACGUGGCAGUAGAGCGAGAGAAGCGAGUCGUGAUCGAUCGAGAUCUCGUGAACGCUCUCGCCGCGAUGACUCGCGAGGCAGUGGACGUCGAGAUGGCGCUAGUGGCAAAGAUACUAGCGAGAAGGACCGAGGCCGUGACAGGGACCGAGACGAUAGACGUGGACGCGACCGGGACCGGAAUGGACGUGAACGGGAGCGCGACAGUGGCCGGGAGCGCGACAGUGGCAAGGAUCGUGAUAGUGGGCGUGACCGUGAUCGCGGACGCGAUAGGGAUCGUGAUCGAGGCCGCCCUCGAGAGCGUGAGAGCCGCGGAGGAGGUGGAUCAGCUGAGCAGGAAAAGGAUCGGGGUGGACGCAGCCGAGGAGAUCGAGGCGGGCGCUCUCGAUCUCGAGACCGUGAUUCUCGCAAACGAAAGGGACGAGACGAAAGCUCCAGUAGCAGAGGUGGUAGCAAACGGCGGCAUUAGACAGGAGGCCAACAGGGCAGAGGAUAUUCAAACAUCUAACAAAACAAGGCACGAGUUGCGUUUCGUUAUA